AUGUCGAGUGAGCCGAGCCUGCCGGGGUCCUCACCCAGAGCUCCACGUCUUGGUGCCCAGAGGUCGUCCGGCGCGGUGACCAAGAAGGGGGAGCGUGCGGCCAAGGAGAAGCCGGCGACCGCCCUGCCGCCAGUGGGCGAGGAGGAGUCCAAAAACCCUGAGGAGUACCAGUGCUCCGGGGUCCUGGAGACCGACUUCGCCGAGCUCUGCGCGCGGUCGGGCUACACGGACUUCCCCAAAGUUGUCACUCGGCCCCGCCCCCACCCGACCUUCCUCCGCUCCGCGUCUAUGUCGGAAAAGCCCACCCUAGACGAUCAGCGGCUGUCGGCGUCCUGCAGCCUCAACAGCGUGGAGAGCAAGUACGCGUUCUUCAGACCCACCAUUCAGGUGGAGCUGGAGCAGGAGGACAACAAGGCGGUGAAGGAAAUCUAUAUCCGCGGUUGGAAGGUGGACGAUCGGAUUCUAGGUAUCUUCUCUAAAUGUCUGCCCCCCCUCAGCCAGCUGCAGGCCAUCAACUUCUGGAAGGUGGGGCUGACUGAUAAGACCCUGUCCACCUUCAUUGCCCUCCUGCCUCUCUGCUCAUCCACGCUCAGGAAGGUAUCUCUGGAGGGGAACCCGCUGCCCGAGCAGUCAUAUCACAAGCUCAUGGCGUUGGACAGCACGAUCGCGCACUUGUCCCUGCGAAACAACAACAUCGACGACCACGGGGCACAGCUCCUGGGCCAGGCGCUGUCCACGCUGCACAGAUGCAACCGGACUCUUGUCUCACUCAACCUGGGCUUCAACCACAUCGGGGACAAGGGCGCGGGCUACAUCGCGGAAGGUCUCCGAUUGAACCGCUCCCUGCUCUGGCUGUCCCUGGCCCACAACCGCAUCCAGGACAUGGGCGCCCUGAAGCUGGCUGAGGUCCUGCGCCCCUUCGAGCUGACGCACAGUGAGGUGGUAGAGCGCCGGCGCCUCCUGCUGGAGAAAGGGACGCAAGAGCGAUUGCGAUCGCCCUCUUCCUCUCGACAUGGGGACUUCCGUGAGAAGGGUCAGAUGAUGGGGGUCAGCAAUGUUACACUGGUGGACAAGACUGACAAGAUGCAGACAAUGAAAACCCCUAAGGGCCUGGGCAAGAAAAAGGAGAAGUCAGGGGAAGUGGUCAAGAAAGAAGAGAAGUCAGGGUCCGGGCAGUCACCCACACAAGGAACCCCUAAGAAAGAAGACACCACAAAGGCAGGCAAAGGGAAGGUAACCAUCCCUGAGCAGAAGCCAAACAAGGGAAAAGGGACCAAGAUUGGGACCAAAGAGAAGCGCAGCAUCCUCCUGGAGUCUGAGCUGGUUGCUGAAACUACUGAGAUGAUCAACCCUCUCCUGGAGCCUGUGGAGCACCGAGAUGGGAAAGUUUUUAUGCCUGGGAACAAGGUCCUUUUGCACCUCAACCUCCUCCGAAACCGCAUCACAGAGGUGGGGCUGGAGGGUUUCCUCACAGCAGUGCAGUACCAGGUGCAGUUCUCCAAGCCCAAGAGUGCAUCCAAGGGCCCAAUGGGACUGCUGUGGCUAUCCCUGGCGAAAAACUGCUUUGCCCCACAAUGUCCAACAUACACCAUGAUCCAGGAGCUGAUGCUGCCAAGGGACCCCAUAAAGGUCAAACGGGAGGAGGAGGCCAUGGCUUUCCUCACCUAG